GGACAAAAAAUCCUGAGCUAUUGUGUGUAGAAGUCAAGAAAUCCUGCGCUGUGGUAACUCAGCCCUUGAGCGACCGCUCAAAGCUUUUUUUAUUAUUACGGAGUCUGCUCUCCCAAAUGUUUCGGUCUUCCGGUAGACGGUCUCUUAAUGGAUGGUAUCAUGGUGACAUCCUUUGUUGCCGAGCUUGGCUCUCAUAGCCUCUACACCUUCGUGGAGCUUGAGGAGUUCCCGCUCCUUAGAGGCAAGGCAGAUCUGGGCAUCUUUUCUGAUACUGUCCUUUCCUUCUUUUGGAUCAAGCGACUACUUCAAUUAAAAAGUAAAAAAAGAUAGACUCUCCCUCUUUGCAUUUGUCUAGGCUUGUGAAGUCUAUUGUUGCUUUUCCUAGCAAGAAAAAGCAACGGUUCUAGAUAAACUUUUUCAUCAAAUGUUUUGAAUUUGUGAGGAUAGUCCUGUUGAAAUGAAAUUUAUACUGUUUCGCAUUUUUUUUUCAAACUUUAAAGCGAUAUGCUUCUCUAUUGAUUUACGCGUUCAAGUCGCGUACUUGCUGAGUUUAAAGAAAAAGAAAUAAAAAUUCUUUUUUUCAGGACGCGUUUUUUGUUUCUUUACACGAU